AUGACGCUCAAAGAUUUGCUCAAGAAAAAGGACAAAAUUACCCAGGAUACCAGCACCACGACUACACAACGCACACUCUCGCCCUCGAUCCCAGAAUUCCAGUUCCUGCGCACGACCACGAGCACGCAGGAGACGAUCGAACCACCGAGUUUCCCGGGCGACCCUGCGAGAAAUGACAAACCUCUGUUGAGCCCCGAGCCGUCUAGUAGGUUUGGACGGUUUAGGAGCAAGAGUAGUGCGGGUGCACAAGGGCAAAGCAGUGGUGCUGGCUGGCAGGGCACUACACCCGAGGUUGAUACUGGUGGGAAUGGAAACAGCAAAGGCAAACUGUCAGAGCGAUUGCACUUUGGACGGUCACGCUCAGCCACCAGUGUUAAUGUGCCAGACAAUCUGCCCGAUGUCGGGGGGGAUGGCGUAGCAAGGACAGAGGAAGAGGAAGCGAAGUGGGAGAAGAGGGCCACGGUUCUUGUCGCAGGGGGUCUUGCGCAUGGCGCUGGGAGCGCAAGUCAGCCUGGGACACCGGGUUUUGAAAAUGCAGAUUUUGGGGCGGUGAGGCCUGGGCUUCCGAGAGAGAGGAUAGGGAGUGCGAGUGCAGCCGGUGACGAGGAGACUAUACAGGAGGCUAUACGGCUGCAUGAGAAAGGAAAUCUUGAAGCAUCAACAGCGCUCUUUGGCAGACUUGCUGAACCCAAUGGCGCAAACAAUGCUUUGGCACAGGUCCUCUACGGUCUUGCAUUACGUCAUGCAUGGGGCAUCGAGCCUGAUCCCUCCCAAGCUGUACACUACCUUUCCAUGGCCGCUUCUAAUAGUGCGUCCAUUGAGUCACUCGCUCUCCAGGCUGGCAUCACCAAAGGUGGCGCUGCAAAGGGCGAGCUGGUCCUUGCCAUGUACGAAUUAGCCAAUUGCUUCCGCAAUGGCUGGGGGGUGAAGAAGGACCCGGCAGCUGCGAAGAUGUACUACGAGACAGCGGCGAAUCUAGGGGAUACAGACGCCAUGAACGAGAUUGCAUGGUGUUAUAUCGAGGGCUUUGGGUGUAAAAAGGAUAAGACUGCCACCAACAUCGCUCGCCUCCCCCGUCACCUCUUCGCCUCACUGUUUGGGCAGCAGUGGACAGCAGCUACUGUUCGCAUUGUUGUUCGGCUGAUGCGGAGACGGGUGGAUAGGAUACUGUACUCUAUGCACAGUACCGUACCGUCGCUAACGCCUCAAUCUAAACCAGUUCAAGGCGGCUCAAUUUCUGCGGCUCGCGGAAACGAAGGGGAACAAGACUUUAGGCAAUACUUGACACACAACGUUAUUUGGCUCGUAGCCGCGGGAACAAGACAGCCCGAGCCUCGCGCCGUCACAUUGCCAAUGAAGGGCACACGAUCCACACGAUCCACACGAUCCCAUGGCAGCGCCAUCCGCCAUACCAUCAACUCCCGUCAAAUCAAUACAAGACGACCAAGUCCCCAAAACGACCAUGACGCUGCUCCGGCGCUAUCCACCCUCGCCGCCAGCCAGUCUCGACCCGCAUCCGCCAAGCGACAUCGAUUGGCCGUGCGGCUUCCAUUUGCAGCCACACCAGUCUCGCUAAGGCGGACCGCACGCGGACACUGCUCGACGGCCCAUACGGCAUCUCGCCCUCAACCCGCACCAGCAACCUGUCACCCUUCUGCUGUCCUGUUGUUCCCCACACGCCCACUACGAGUCCUCUGCUGCGCUGCACACAUCAUCCCAUUCGGCUGUGACAUGGCCGUUUUACCACUUUCGGGCCUCCCCUCCAGCCUCGAUUGCGCCGCCAUGGACCACUGGCGCGGUUGGGAGGGGGGUUGA